UUACUUGAAGUGAAUCAAAUAAACUAAGUGCUUUAAUGGCUUCCAACUCAGUACGAGGUUUUUCUUUCUUCCAACUCCCAUUUCUGAUCCUUCUUGUCACUUUACUUUCUUUGCCACCAACUACCAUGGGCAAGGUAUUCUCAGUGGAAGAGGCAACUAUUUAUGAUCUCCAACAUGCCUUCAGGACCAACCAAUUAACCUCAAGGAAACUUGUUGAGUUCUACUUGAAACAAAUAGAAACUCAAAACCCAGUUCUAAGAGGGGUAUUGGAGUUGAAUCCUGAUGCACUAGCACAAGCAGAUAGAGCAGACCAAGAGAGAAGUGCUAAGGCUCCAGGGUCUUUUUCAGCAUUGCAUGGAAUACCCAUUUUGCUUAAGGACAAUAUUGCAACUAAGGAUAAGAUGAACACCACUGCUGGGUCUUAUGCACUUCUUGGCUCUGUGGUUCCGAGAGAUGCAGGUGUAGUUACCAGGUUAAGAAAAGCUGGAGCUAUCAUACUAGGGAAGGCUAGCUUGAGUGAGUGGGCACAUUACAGGUCUAAUGGAGCACCCAGUGGUUGGAGUGCCAGAGGUGGACAAGGAAAGAAUCCAUACACAUUGGGUGAUCCCUGUGGAUCCAGCAGUGGAUCAUCAAUAUCAGUAGCAGCAAAUUUGGUGGCAGUGUCCCUUGGUACUGAGACUGAUGGCUCCAUUUUAUGCCCUUCAGAUUCUAAUUCAGUAGUGGGCAUCAAGCCAACGGUUGGUCUCACUAGCAGAGCAGGGGUAGUUCCAAUCACUCCAAGACAAGACACAGUUGGACCAAUUUGCAGGACAGUAUCCGAUGCUGCCCUUGUUCUUGAAACUAUUGUAGGCAUCGACACCAAUGAUAAGGCAACAAUCCAAGCAUCAAAGUAUAUCCCAAAAGGUGGCUAUGCUCAGUUUCUAAAGAAAGAUGGACUAAGAGGAAAGAGAUUAGGAGUAGUGAGAUUAUUUUACAAUUUUGGAAACGAUACUUUUCUGCGUGAUACUUUUAAGCUACACUUGGAAACAUUAAGGCGAAGAGGAGCAGUUUUGGUUGACAAGUUGGAGAUAGAUAACAUUAAUGAAGUUCUUGGUAGUCCAAGUGAAGGAAUUGCUAUGGCAAUUGAAUUCAAAUCAUCCCUAAACGCAUACCUCAGAGACUUAGUUACUUCCCCGGUGAGAAGUUUGGCCGAUGUUAUAGACUUCAACAAGAAACACCCAAAAUUGGAGAAACUUGAGUACGGCCAAGAUCUCAUGGUGGAAGCUCAAAAGACAAGUGGAACUGAGUUGCUGAAUCAAGCAUUAUUGAACAUGACAAGAUUGUCACAAAAUGGGUUUGAGAAACUAAUGGAAAAAAAUAAACUUGAUGCACUGGUUGUACCUUUUUCAAUCUUUAGUACUAUUCUUGCUAUUGGAGGUCAUCCUGGAGUAACUGUUCCAGCAGGAUAUGAAAAGGGUAUGCCAUUUGGAAUUUGCUUUGCAGGUUUGCAAGGCUCAGAGCCAAAGCUGAUCGAAAUUGCUUACUCCUUUGAGCAAGCAACUGUGAUUAGAAAGCCUCCUCCACUUCGAAAGUUAGAAGUUUAGAGUAAU